CAAUGAAUCGGUCAGAAACACCUCAAAUCCCUCUUAAACGUGAACCCCAUUGUCCUAAAAGUUCCAAGAUCGGCCUAACGAAAGAUUUAAACCAUGGGUCGAGCCAAAUCAAACCCGUUAAAGGUUGUCUACAAAAUGUGAAGCCAGCGGCGCUACAACUAAAUAGGAAACCAUGACCACGAAACGCCCUUCUAGGAAUUAUUUUUCAUCAGAAUUUCUGAAUGGCCGAGAGAGAAACAAAGAGGGAAUUCAAGGCCAAAAUACUCAGAAGAUCCACUUCAGAUAACAAAUCUAGCAACAUUCGACAGAGAAAUGGUAAAUGUUCAGAGGUCGUUCCUCUAUGAAUAAUCAAUACCAAUGAGAGUAAGGAACAAUCCGAUUUUUAAAAACAACAUUCCUACCUAUCGAGUGGUCUGGCGAAAAGGACGAUUAACACACCGUCAGCCGGUUCAACCAAACAGCAGCAUAUUCGGAUUCGGACUCUGUGCCGCGUUAACUACAUGAAAUAUUCAGCAAAAUUGAUCCAAAAAUCAUCCGAAAAUCUACUCAAGCAAAUUUUUACUUUCUUAUACGAAUGCACAGAAUUCGCUCCAAAAAACAGACACAGUAAAAUUAUGGAUAUAAGAUUUACGGCCGGAUGUAAAUUGCACUAUAGAGGCCAGAUUAGAGGCUGAAGCAUUGAGUGCCGAGAUUGUUAUCUUUUGUCAAGACAAGUUGCAUUAAAUAGGAGAGGACUAGUAAUCAGAACGCAGAAUAUUUCGCCCCCUCGACUGGAAAGUAAUGCGAUUAAAACUGACGAUGCGUGGCGAACAAAAUGUGGAUUUGCCGAACUUGUAGAGGCCGCCUAACCAAGCUUCAAAUGUUGAUGGAAAAAUGUUUGGACUACUUGGUGAUGGACUGAAAUAGUUUAUUGACAAACGGCAAACAAAAAAUUUUGAUUCCACCCUUUAAAACUGUCAACUGAUGUGUUUGUCGUACAAGAUACCACGUUUUCAUGCAGAAUCUAGGAUGCUCAAAGGGUAAAUUGCCUCAGUCUUGUCCUUAUUAGACCCAGUGAAUACAGGCAAAUUUAGAUUCAUAAUUCCGCUUGGCAGGAGCGACUACGUCAUGCUUCUGUAGGGAUACUGUUUGCACACGCACCAACUGAAAACGACUGGGGUUUCGCUCAGUUUCCAGCAAGGAAAUUUUCCUGUCGUGGGAAGUAUGUUAUCAGUAUUAAAUUAACCUGAAGGUCUUACUGGGCACCUUGACGUCAAGUAUGGCAUUGUCAGAGGAGUUAUAAUCGACGUUAUUCAGCAAAGCUGUCCGAUAAAAAAGUCUCUGAGAAGCAUCGUUUCGUCUGGUUAGUGCGAGAUAUCAAGAGAGAUAAAAAUUGAAAGGACAUACUUUGGAAAUCGUCUGUGACACCAAAAAACCCUUGCACUGUGAAGAGUUUCGUCGAGUUGCACUUGCACCAAGGUUCGAAAAGUUAAGCAAAGCAGUCCUUAUCAAAUGUAGAGGAAGUCCGCUUGGCAAGGUGUGAUGCCGACACUGCAGAUAUACCUAUCUUCGUUCCCUGCAGUGGUUGUUUGAGUGAACUCGUCAUCCCUACAAGCAGAUGCUUAUGGGCAUCCCCUACUUACAAAGCUUUGGCAUGCAGGUAGUGAAUUCUUCAGUAUAGAGAUCCGGUUUUGUCGACUCCUAGAGUGUUGAAUUCGCUUGUAUUGACCGGUAGAAGCCCGCUACUGGUUCAUUUUUCGAACCCGUUUGGGUUUGCCUGCAGACGCUUUUCUGCUGACUUCCGUUUCAAACUGCACUCCAAAGCUUACUGUUACCAGCGAACGCGGCAAAGUCACCACCUAGUUCACCUGAACAGUCGUAUAUGUACACAGUGACUUGAAUAAGGCCACGAACGAAGCCUUGGAGAAAGCCACUCUUAACUGUAACUCCCUCUAUCUGCUGUCCACUGUUAUUGAAAAUUUGAGAAGACUCGGUUAACGAGCUUCGAAAUAACCUCGGGAGUUUCUCCAUGAGGCCUGUCUACCUAUCUAAUAGCUUUCAAAAUCGAUAUAUGUCUUAUACACCGCGCUCUCUCCUUUGACUUAUUGAGGUCAGUGUUCUAAACAGUUGGGAAGAUUUGUCGUAAGGAGUUUGCCAUAACAACUGAAACACUGGCUCAUCUGCCGCCGCUGUUUAGAACUGGAAAUAUUAUAAGGACGAGUUCCGAAAAAGUUGACAAAUCAUCCACAACAUCGACAACCAAUAGGAAACGAAAGAGGUGGCUUUAUAAGAUUUGGUUUCGCGAUGUGCCCAAGUGCUCACGAGAUUUUGGGCUGGAGAUUUACGCCCUCUUAUGAAUAACAUACAGAAGGGCACAGAUAAUGCCAGGCUACAGUCGUUUAAUUCCUUGGCCUCACGGACUAUAGUUUGAGUUUUUCUUUUGUUUGAUUUCAAAGAUAAAAAUAGGUCCACAUAAUUUUGAAAUUUAUGACAUCGGCCCGAAAGAUAUACUCUGUCCUAUCAUUUGUCUCCCACCGUGCACCUGUGAUGCCACGAUAUAUUAUGAACUCCAACUCCGGCUUUCAAAAAAUGGUUUUCGGAUAAUCUCCGUAAUGACUACUUUACACUCGAUUGCCUUUUUUCAGAUAAAUUAUCCUCGCACGUACAGUGCAGGCGAGUUUUGUGAAUCUUUUAUGCGGCUCCUCCGCGAACUGCAGCUGACGGCUGUGCAUUUAGUUGGCAGUUCGUUGGGCGGUUUCCUAGCUCAGAAAUUUUAUCUAUACUCAAUGCACCUGGAUUGUCCUGUCAAAUCUUUGAUUUUAUGUAACACCUUCACGGACACAUCGGUUUUCGCUUCCCAUGCAUCCUCCAGAUUGUAAGUUUGGGACCAUGUAGCAAAUAUUUCAAGAAGUAGUUGUUUGAUGACAGGGUAGCCGCUGAAUUGCGCUGUCAUCCCUAUUGCCUCUGAUCAUUACUUUGUUUUACCCAACUUUUAGCAUGUGGCUUAUGCCUGCCUUUUCUCUUCGAAUGAUGGUUGAGUAUCCUCCUGUUGCGCAGGAUGCCGACGAUGCAACAAAGUUUGCCAUGUCAAUGGCCAAGUCCCAGGUAGGUGUAUAUACGCCUUCGCUAUGCAUGACAGCACACCUUUUUGAAGCUUACUCACGAGGAAGAGAAUUUGCAAAAAACUCCGCUGUAUACGUUGGUUCUGGCCUCUCGCCUCCCGACAUACUUGCGUACUUACGCUUUUUUAUUUCCAAGCACCAAUGUCUUGGUCUUGUCGAAGGCACAGAAGCUAGUAACAGGAAGGGGUUAGUAAGCGCAACAGUUUACGAGUCCGAGUGGCGGAACGAUUCUUAUUCCUUUAGUACAGUUAGUAUCUUUGGGAAAACUUGGUGUCCUGUUUCAAAUUAUAUUAUUUUAAAAUUCAGCCCUAGUUCCUGCUACUACUCUCGUUAGAAUCCGCGGAUGGAAGGCGAAUAGCCGUGAAAGUUAGGUUUCUGACAAAAUCAAUCUUCACAAACUCAGUCUCUUCAGUCAGUUAUUAAAGAAUUAUAUUCUUAUUAACGAUGAAAUUAAAAUUGCGGGUUCUGGAGGAGCUUGGAAUUGAUUUUUUUCCCAGUCUCAGAUGUUUUUACCAUAGUACAAAAAUCAUGAAAAUGACACCACAGCCAUUAAUAAUAGGAAGUAUAAGGUCAUCUACUCGAGGAGGUUGUAGGGUCGAGCAACUCGUCCGUCGUGAGCGACAGGGUUCCGAGAAAUUCUGUGGUUACUUACAUCUUACUCCAAUUAUCCUGUACAUGGCCGGGUUCAUAAAUCAUCGCCUACCAAGAAUAGGCGUCAUCUUUAUUUAUAAGUUAAAAUCCCACGAGAGCACUAUUAAGAUGAAGCUAUUGCUGUAACUUGUAAAAAAAGUAUAUCAUCGAUUGGCAACUUUCCACGCUACGGAUUUUAUCGAAUUGGUAUAGUUUCAAAGCACUGGGUCAAUCUAUUAUCACUCCUACGCGCCAAUGGCCUGUCCAAGUCUGGUUAACUGGGGCGUAUGACCGGGUGGUUACCCUUUAGCCCAGCCGCUGGCUGCCCGUCGCGUCCGCAGGUGGCAGAUAAUGGAGGAACGGCUUU